AGACCAUGCCGAUUGAAGUAGUUAGAAAAAAUGCAUGCAGUACAAUAGGUGAAGCACCUCAUUGGGACGAAGAUUCGCAGUUCUUAUUUUUUGUCGACAUCUGCGCUAAUAGUGUACACAGAUGGAACGCUGUCACUGGUGUGGAACAGAAAAUUGUUCUAGAUAACACCGUCGGAUUCGUUGUUCCAUGGGCGAAAGGAGGUGUUAUUGUUGGUCUUGGAAAGACUCUCACACAUUUGGAUUGGAACACAGAGAAGACUACCAUAUUACAUGAAGUUGAUAAUGGACUUGACAACAGAUUCAAUGAUGGCAAAUGUGAUCCGCGUGGUAGGAUAUGGGCAGGCACAAUGGGUAACGGAAAAGAUCUGGCACUAAUACCAAAGGAAAGGGGAUCAUUGUAUUCUCUAGAUACGGAUGGGACAAUUAAAAAGCACGUCGAAAAUGUUACUAUUUCCAACGGACUAGCAUGGUCACCUGAUAACAAGGCUAUGUACUAUAUUGAUUCUGUACCAGGAAUUGUAUAUGCUUUUGACUAUGAUAUUGACAGCGGGACAAUCUGUAGGCAAAGACCCAUAGCUGAAUUUGAGAAAGGUCCAUUUGGAUCACCAUUUCCAGACGGGAUGACAAUCGACACUGAUGGCAUGUUAUGGAUAGCAUGUUUCUUUGGUGGAAGGGUGAUGAGAAUGGAUCCUAAAACAGAUAUAGUGAUGAUGUUUCUUCCAUUAACAAUCUAA